GAAGUUACCUUUGCCCCGAGCAGUACCCAUCAAUCAGUAGCUCCCAGUUUUCUGUUCACAAUGUCGCAUCGAAGUUGGUGCUUGGUUUUUGGGAUUAUACUGCAGGUGUUUUUAAGUGGAGCAGCCAAAGGUGAGUUUUACUCAUCGGUGGACAGUAUGCAGGAUCUAGCACAAGUGGAACAGGAGCUCCUAAAUGCCACGCGUUCGUAUUUGGAGACCCAGCAACAGCAGCUUGACUUUUAUCGCAGAUAUGUGGAGCAAAUAAAGCGAGAACAUGAAUGGGCCACUGCCCAAUUAAAGCUGGAUGAGUAUCUAGGUCACCCAUUGCACGCUUUCAGGUUGAUCAAACGGUUGGUUCAGGAUUGGGAUGCAAUUAUCUUUGAACCCAUUCUCACGAACAAGCCCAGAGAGGACUUUCGGCAGUUUAUAGAGAUUCUAACAAGGGAUUUGGGCUACCCCGAUCAAUCGGAGCUGCAAGGAGUCAUCAAAGGUUUGGCCAGGUUGCAGAGGGUAUAUAAUCUCACGACCACGGAUUUAGCUGAUGGCAUUAUAAAUGACUUACACUACGACUCGGAGUUAGAAUGGCGUGAGUGUUACGAAAUAGGUGUACAACUAUUCGAUCUUGGGGAAUACCAAAGGUCCCUCGAAUGGCUUCAAGCUGCAUAUGAACUUCUCCGAAAUGCUAUAGCUGAGAACAAUGACAAGAUUCAGUACUUAUCAGAUAUUAGGGAGUAUGCAGCCAUGGCCAACUUUGAGUUGGGUAAUCCCAAAAGAGCUGGAAGACUUCUGAACCAGAUCCUUGACCCUGAACCCACCCAUUCCGCCCAGCAAACUCGCAAGUAUUUUGAGAACAGAGAGCCAGGAAAGAAUAUCGCGGAAAAGAAUCCUUCUUGGUUUGCCAAUUAUACGAGGCUUUGCCAGGGGAAAAGAUUACCAGAAGAGAGUAGUGGUAGCCCCUUAAAAUGUUAUCUGGAUGGAAAGCGACAUGCCUACUUCACCUUGGCGCCUCUGCAAGUGGAACCGGUCCACCUCGAUCCGGACAUCAAUGUCUACCACGGAAUGCUGAACUCCAAACAGAUCUAUUCGAUCUUCGUGGAGGCGGACAAAGAAGAGAUGGUUCGAUCAGCGGUAUCUGGAGAAGGUGGAAAACGCACUGUGAGGGAUCUCCGGGUUAGUCAGCAAACCUGGCUGAACUAUGAAUCACCCGUAAUGAAGUCUGUGAGCCGUAUCAUUCAGUUUGUGUCGGGAUUCGAUAUGGCCGGAGCCGAGUACAUGCAGGUGGCCAACUACGGAGUUGGUGGCCAGUACGAACCGCAUCCGGACUACUUUGAGGUCAAUCUGCCCGAAAACUUCAAGGGAGAUCGCAUCUCCACCAGCAUGUUUUAUCUAUCUGAUGUGGAAGAAGGGGGCUAUACUGUAUUCACCAAUCUGAAUGUUUUUCUGCCUCCUGUUAAGGGAGCCAUGGUCAUGUGGCACAACCUUCAUCGAUCCCUGGAUGUGGAUGUGCGCACCUUGCACGCCGGCUGUCCAGUAAUAGUGGGUUCCAAGCGAAUUGGAAACAUUUGGAUGCACUCGGGUUACCAGGAGUUCCGACGACCCUGCAACCUCACCUCAGAUAGCUACAAGUCCUUAGCUUAUCGGGAUUCAGUGUAAAUUAAUAAAUUAAUAUCUUACUUUAAUGAG